GCCGUUGCAGGAGUUGACUAUUUUCGAUGCUGCUGCAACGGAGAAUUUUAAAUGAUUGUAUUAAAUUACUGAAAUUAUUUAACAGUUGAUAAUGUAGUUUAACAGUUUCGACAUAUAUAUUUAUGUUACCUAUGCAAUUUAAUUGAUUAAUUCUAUAAAUAAUUGGUUUUAUCUUGAUCGCGAUAAAAAAUAAUUUCCACACAAAAGUCAUAUGUGUAAUUAAUAAAAUGUACAAUGAGAGCUGUAGUAUUGAUCGUAAUAAAUUAUUAAACUUAACCUAAUAAUUUAUAAGUAAAUAAAUAAAAAUAAAUAAACAGACAAUGAAUUUUCUGGAACGAUGUCCGGGUAUGUACUGUGGCCGCGAGCUACUUUUUGAUGGAAAUUGGACUGACUGCGGUGCUUGUCCACGAGGAUUCCGUACCAAUUCAUCAUCAGCAUGUGUACCCUGUGAUGACAUGCUCAUUUUUUAUGACUGGCUGUACUUGGGAUUCAUGGCAUUGCUUGCACUAGUGUUGCACUGGUUCUGCAUUGACAUGGUGGCACUGAGACGUAACAUACCCCUAGAAGUAAUUGUUAUUCACUUGUCAGCUCUCUUUGAAAUCACAUGUGCGUCACUGAUUACCCUACAAGUGACUAAUCCUGUUGGAUCAUAUCAAGUAAAAUCAUGCAGGGCCAGAAAAUUAUCUGACUGGUACACUUUGCUACACAACCCGACUCCAAAUUAUGAGACUUCGCUGCACUGUACUCAGGAAGCUGUCUACCCACUGUAUACAAUGGUUUUUAUUUUCUACUCCCUCAGUGUAACCAUCAUGUUGUUGGUAAGACCUUUGCUCGUAAGAAGAUAUUUACCUAAACAAGGUAAAUAUUCUAUUUAUGCUGCUCUGUAUUUUUUUCCCGUCCUCACAUUACUGCACGCGGUUGGAGGCGGAUUGAUAUACUACUCGUUCCCGUACAUUAUAAUUAUUUUAUCAGUCUUAUCAAAUGCAGCACAUUUUGCGUUUAAAUUAAACCAGACAAUGAAAUCAUUAUUAUUAAGUUCAGUGUCAGAUGUCAGAAAUGUUAUUGUAAUUCUUGGACACUGGCUGUUACAUGGAUACGGAAUAAUGUCAGUUGCAACAUUACGCGGUGUAAAUAUCCAUCCCUCGAUGCUUCUUCUGGUACCUCUGCCAGCGUUUUUUUACAUACUUACCGCGAGGUUUACUGAUCCGCAUAAACUUCAUGCUGAAUAAUUUACGAGUACUAAUUACAAUACAGGGACGGAAAGAAGAAAAAUUUCCUAUGGCUCCUUGGACCAACACCUGUACGUCGUAUUUAUAUAAAAAAAGGCUGACAAAAAAAAAAUUUAUGUCAUCCUUUGAAAAGACAUCUCUAAGCGUCUCAGUGCUACUUGGGAAUAUAGAGUAUUUGUUAUUUUGUUUUUUAAAUUAAAUAGAAAAAAAAAUACAAUUUUUAUAUUGAUGCUGUGAUUAACGUUUUAUUAAUAUUUCGGCUAAUUAAAUAUACUUAAGCCUCACACAAUUGAGUAAAUGCAUUCUUAAUGUCGCAGUAUUAUUUAUUAAUUUCAAAUUAAUCCUUCUUCACUGGUACAAACAUCAGUACCAAAGUACUCUUCGUAGCCAUUGGAAUUUUAUUUGAGAAAUACGUUCUAAAAAAAAUAAAAAAGUGUUUACUAUUUCAUUAAUUUUUGUUACUUUGUAAAUAAAUAUACAAACAGAUCAUUGA